AUGCCGUGGCUGCUGCAAGACGCGGCGAAAGUAAAGGCCUCUAUCGGAUCGUCAAAAGAAGCGCGUUGUGCAUUUGAUGGAGACGAAGAGACCGUCUGGACGGUAGAGCUGGGCUCGCCGAGCAUUUCGGCACACGUCCUCGUUGCAAGCACACUUUCAGCGCCGCGCCGCGUAGAAACGUGGCAAGCGCUGGAAUGCAUCUUUGCAGGCGGUUUCUCGCCGAUUCGUAUCGUGACACUUGCUGGGUUUGCGCGCGAAGGAAGCAAAGAGGUGGAGUGGAUUGAAGUGCAAGAAUCGUACCCUCGCGACGGAAACAUGCAACAGUCGUUUGCGUAUGAACCCGAGGCAGUGGCUGCAACGCUGCGAGCGAGGGGCAAAAGAAGCACUGAUGCGUGCACCCACAUUGCAUUGCGUUUGGACGGGAGUACAGAUGGGUUUGGGCGUGUGAUUGUAUACAGGUUAAAUGUGCUAGCUACAUAA